AAACACAACACAACUAAUGAAGACUCCUACCUCUCCAGACCUCUCUCUCUGUCUGUCUGUCUGCGGACUAUAUACCCUUCUGCUCUGGUGUAGCGGUGCUGCCAUGUCAGUGGAGGAUGACAUUAUUCCAGUCUUAUUUCUAAUAAGAGGAUAAAGAUGCACCUACAGGAGGGACGUCACAUGUUCAGAGGCAGCGACAGUGUGGAGAGGCUGUGACUGAGCAGGGAGAGGGAUAUGCGGCACUGUCCAAGCUCUGCACGUCGUCGGAUCUUUACCGGAUAAAACGUCCUAGAAAGCUGGAUGAUUUUUCUCUCAGGAGACACAGAGGAUUUUAUGAUCGCACCACGUUUCAGCGGGAAUCUGGAUGAUCUUUCCAGUCACGCCACCUCCGGACCUCCACACCGGUUCAAUGGGAUCAGGACUAAUAGACUGACCUAGAAUAAACACUACAGGGAGGAAGUUUAAAUAAUAAAAAAAAAAAAAAAAUCAGGAUUUUAAGGUUAUUAUUACUUGUAAGUGGCAGAUUUUAUGUUAAAAUUUAAAUUUUUUAUUCUAGACUUUUAUUCUAGUGUCUUAAUUGAAAUAUAAUAACAAACUAUCAUUAGAGUUUAGGUUUGACUCCUGCUUAGUUUUAGAUGAUCAUUUUUAGUCUCAAAUUGCAACAAGAUAAAGUUCCAACACUGAGGAUGCCACCCUGGGUGUCCUCUCAAGGCAGCCGGAUUUCUGCGUCUUAAAUCGGACUCACAGAGAGGGAGAAGGAAGGACAAGCCACCUUUUUUUUUUUCGGAUUGGUCCAAAAAAAUAUUUUUUUGUGCCCCUUUGGACUCCUACACACAAUGGGGAUUAUGCUUCAAGUUAUUCUAGGAAUGUUUCAAUUCCUGCUGCUCACCAGAAUACCGACUUCCCAUGCCAAGCUUGCUCACUGGCGGCCGGCAGACUCCCCAAAAUCCAGGGAAGGUCGAGAAGUGCGGCGGUGGUUGGAGGUUUAUUCACGGAGUGGCUGUGAGCCUCGGGACACUCUGGUGGAGAUUUGGCGGGAGUUGCCGGGGGAGACGCACCAUCUCUUCGUCCCGUCCUGCGUAUCGGUGAGGCGGUGUGGUGGCUGCUGUGCUGACGAGGCCCUGGAGUGUGUUCCCUUGCUCACACACACACUCACCAUGGAGCUGAUGAGAACCUCCUUCAUGAAACAUGAGCUCAUCGAGCUGCCGUUUGUCGAGCACAGCCAGUGUGAGUGCAGAUUAAAAGAACAAUUCCAGCCAACACCGACAACAAGGCCCUAUCUGAAGCCAACAAGAACAGACAAGAGAAAGGGGAGAGGAAAGUCCAGACAGAAGACAAGUGGAUCCAUCAGAGCUGCGACCCAUGCUCCCCCAACUCUUCCUCCUCCUUCAUCACCACCUCCUUCUCCAUCACCUCCGCCCACCAGCCUCUCUCCCUCUCCGUCUCCAUCUCACAGGCCUAGUUGCCGCCCCUGCAGAGGGAGGAAGUGGGCGCUGGACGCCACGUCUUGUCAGUGCCGCUGCACCAUCAGAGCGGAGACCUGCAGCCGGAAAGACCGGAGGCUCAAUUCUCACCGCUGCAAGUGUGAGGCCAUGAGGACUUGAUGUCUCCAAUCACUUUCUUUUCACCUCUUCUUUUCCACCAACCCCUGUUGAUUCAUCGCCCACUCUCAGCAUCAGUGCCAUGGAGCAUACAGACGCUUGGACAUCCAGUAACCUGAAUAUAGAUCUACGUGUGAGUGUGUGAACAUCACCAAACAUCUUACCACCUCCUCUGCUUCUGUGGCAAAGCAGUUCACACGUACAUGUGCGUGCAGACAUCUAGAGUCACAAAACACAUUCCAUGAGUGGAGGGAUGAAGUGGCAGCUGGAUUUCAGACAAAUUCUUUCUUGGUGGACACACUUAUACAAGCUCCUGUGGUUUGGAGGUUCUUUAGAUCAUCAGUUGAACUUAUAUGACUGAUUAUACUACACAAGAACAAUGGAUGUAAAGUCGACGCAGGUGUCCUACGUAUUGUCGCUUCAGUGGAAGUUGGAAUUUGCUGUUCGCAGGCAAACUGCCCAUGGAGACGGAUUCCAGUGUGAAGUCAAGGCAAAUUUUUGUGCGGAGGAUUUGAAAAUCAACGGCCACAGAUUAAAGAUGGACACAUCCACACUCAGACAUACCAGAAGGACACUGGACAUGCACAUGAACUGGCACCCCAGUGUGCGUGGACCUUUAGUCGAGCUGAAUGCUGGGAUGGAGAGUAUCUGUGUGGUCCCCCCACUGAAAGACCCAGAUGGGAUAUCCCUGCAGCCGUUCUCUCUCAUUCAAAGCGUAUGACCACGGGCUGGCUCUCCAAGCCGCUUUCCGGCAUUUGUUUAAUUUGGGCCUUUUGUCUCCAUCUUCCCUCGGCUCCUCGAUUGAAAGCAGCCGCUUUGCCUCUCUUUGCCUCUCUUUUAGGCAGUGAGGAGAAUGACAAUAAUGAGGCCUGGCGGCUGUCCACUGCUUCACACACAAACAUUCACACUUAUAAUACCAGGAACACAGACGACACUGCAAAUGCAGACCCACACAAUCUCACUCUGUGCUAUAGCAGGCACACAUACAUUCAUAUUUACGCACACAUGCAAUGUGAAAUGAAUGCAGGUAGCCAUAAGCAUUUGUUUGUGCCACACCAAGUGUGCAAAUACACAUAUUUGCAAUUUACUGCAAAGUCUUCAUUUAAUAUUGUAUUACAUGCCUCUGUUUUAUAUUUUAUUAUAAUUCUGUCAAGUUGAUUGAAAAGAUAUUCUAUAUUG